AUGUCUCUCAAAGGAAAGGUUGCCAUAGUAACGGGUGGUGCAAGAGGGAUUGGUGCAGGAAUAGUUCAAGCUUUAAGUGACGAAGGAGCAAAGGUUGCGUUUAACUUCGUCUCUGCAUCAUCGCGUACGGCUGCAGAAUCUCUAAUUGAAUUAUUACGAAAUGACGGUCGUGAGGCAUUCUGUAUUCAAGCCGACCUGGCUGAUGCCCAAGCCCCAGCGACCCUCAUCUCAGAAACCCUCUCUAUCUUCCAAACAGACAAAAUCGACAUUCUAGUCAACAAUGCCGGAUUGGAGGACAACAGACCCCUUGAAGAGGUGCCCCUUGAAAGUUAUAACAACCUCAUGAAUAUCAACGUCCGCGCCUCUGUUUAUGCGGCGAGCAAAGCUGCUCUUGAAGGUCUCACUCGUGCAUGGGCUACUGAGCCGGGGCACAAGUAUGGCAUCACGGUGAAUGCUGUAAACCCUGUUCCCGUUGAUACGGAUAUGAUGGAAGAGCAAAACAAGAAAUUUCCUGCUGGUCAGCGAUGUGGCACUAUCCAGGAUGUUGCGGAUAUUAUUACAUUCCUAGCGGGGGAGAAAUCGCGGUGGGUUACUGGGGACGUGAUCUGUGCGAACGGAGGAAUGCUUUACACUUGA